AUGCAUUUCUCCACCGCCGCAGUUCUUGUCGCUCUCUCCUCCCUCGGCGUGACAUACGCUGCACCCUUCGCCAAUCCUCAAGAAGGGAUCAUUCGCCGCAAAGUCAGCUACCAAGUGGUCAAUGUUGACGGAGAGUCCACCAGUUCUUCUGCUCCAGAAAUCGAGACUGUCACUGAGACCAUCAAGUCUGUGACCACUGCUCCUGGGGCUGCUCCUCAACCUGUGACCGUUACCAUCACUACCACUGCUACUCCAUCAACUACGCCCACCCCGAGCUCAACUCCCCUCUCUCAUGCGGCACCUCCCCCUGGGGCUUCAUUCUUCCCUCCUCCCAAUUCUGGCUCAGGCUUCUUCCGCCGUGGCCUGAUGGCUGCUGGUGAUCCUCUGAAGUUCGCUCGUGGCUAUGACUCUUCUGUGGCCAGUGUCACCGCGACUCCUCUGGUUGCCCGCGGAUGGUACUCUUCUUCCGUUGUGACUCCCACUUCCAGCGCCAUCAACACGCCUUCUUUGGUUGCCCGUCAGUUCGGUAGCUGGGCGUCUUUCUCUGUUGCAACUCCUUCCUCGAGCGUGAGCCCUUCCCUGGCUGCUCGUCAGUUCGAUGUUGAGUGCUCUAGCGUUUCGCCGUCAGCCACCCCCAGCUCGACUGCGCUUGUCUCUGCUACUCCUCUUGUCGCUCAAGAGUUCCGUGCUUCUUCCAGCACUCCCUCUUCCAGCUGGAGCAUUCCUGCUUCGUACACUCCCCUCGCUGCUCGGGACUUCCACAACGAAUACUACCCCAGCGCGUCUAGCUCGGCCACGCCCAGCUCCAGCUUCACGCUUUCUCCUUCUGCCAAUGCUCUGCUUUACUAA